AUGGAGAAUCCAGCAACAGAUACACCUCCUCCACCUCUGAAACGAAACUCAAAUGAUGUAGGUUGGGAGUAUGGUCAGCCACGAGUUCCAGACAAAGUGAGAUGUAGAUUAUGUGGCAAAGAGUUUUCUGGUGGCGUCUACAGAAUGAAAGAGCACAUUGGUCACUUGAAGGGUAAUGUUUCAGCAUGUCCCAUGUCAUCAAAGGAAGAUCAAGAGAAGUGUAAGAAUGCAAUAAUGGAAGCAAAGGAGAAGAACAUCCAUGAUGCUAUAUCAACCCUGAAGCUUCUUUGGCUUCUCAGACACUCAAAUAUUUCAUUCAAUGCGAUUGACAAUGAGUCUUUUAGGCUGUUCUGUGAGGCUUUAGGACAGUUUGGGCCAGGGUGGAUACCUCCUACUCAGUAUCAGUUGAGAGAACCAUUGCUGAAUGAAGAGAAACAGAGAACAAAAGAGAAGUUGAAGGCAUUCGAAGAAGAAUGGGACAGAGAAGGUUGCUCGGUGAUGACAGAUUCAUGGACUGAUAUGAAGAGAAGGAGCAUCAUGAAUUUGUGUGUUAACUCAAGAGGAGGCACUUGUUUUCUGUCAUCAAAGGAUGCUUCCAAAGAUUCUCACACAGGCGAGUAUAUCUUCAACUACAUUGAUAAGUGUAUAGAAGAUUUAGGGGCUGAGAAGGUUGUGCAAGUGGUCACAGAUAAUGCAACCAAUAAUGUAGCUGCUGCGAAGUUGCUUAAAGAGAAGAGGCCAAGAGUCUUUUGGACUGGAUGUGCUUCUCACACUAUGGAUUUGAUGCUUGAAGGGAUUUCUAAGUUGCCCGGGUUUGCUAAAGUGAUUGAACAAGCAAAGGCUGUCACCAUAUUUGUUUAUGCUCAUCAUACAACAUUGUCAAUGAUGAGAACAUAUACAAAGAUGGAUAUUGUGAGGCCAGGAGCAACAAGAUUUGCAGCAUGUUUCCUCACGCUACAAAGUCUUUACGAGAAGAAGGGGCAACUGAAGAGCAUGUUCAACAGUGAUCAGUGGCAUGAUUGUAAGCAUUCCAAGUCUGUGAAGGGUAAGACUGCAUCUGAUACUGUGAUGAGUUAUGCAUUUUGGAGUAGUGUCAUGGUUAUUUUGAAAGUAUUCACCCCUAUGGUGAAGGUUCUUCGGUUGGCUGAUGGAGAGAGGAUACCAUCUCUUGGGUUUGUUUAUGGUGAGCUUUUGGAAGCUAAGAAGUCUAUUAAAGAAGCUACUGACCAUUUGGAGAAGAACUAUCAACCUAUAUUCAGGAUCAUUGAUGAAAAAAUGAAAGGAAGGUUGGAUUCUCCUUGGAAUUGGUGGGCAACAUACGGAUGUGCUGUGCCAACCUUGCAGAAACUGGCUACUAGAAUCCUUGCUUUGACCUCUAGUUCUUCUGGCUGUGAAAGAAAUUGGAGCAGUUUCGAAGGGAUCCACACUAAGAAGAGAAACAGAUUAGAUGUAAACCGCCUCAACAGUCUUGUCUAUGUCCAGUUUAAUGCAAGGCUUUUUGAUAAGCAGAAAAAGAUUAGAGAAGGCAAUGUUGAUGUGAUCCUAGAUGAUGGUAAUGAAGAUACUGUCGGAGAUUGGCUUGUGGGCCGUGUCGAAGAGUUGGAUAAUGAUGUCAGUUUUGUGCUUACUACCCAAGCUCCAAGGAUAAGAGAACUCUAUGAUGAUGACUUUGAAUCUGAAGAAGAAGACAUGAUGGAGAUGGAGUUCGAACCGGAUGUAUACCAAGAGGAUCCGUCUGGAACUACCUACUUUGGCAACCACACAGACAAGUGGGAGGAUGAUGGUUCAGUAUCAGACACAUCAGGCAUGGUCAAUUUAUUAGACACAAGGAGUUUCAUAUCUGACGAUGACGAUGAUGAUGAUGAUGAUGAUGAUGAUGAUGAUGAUAUCAAUGAAGAGCUGCCUAUGCGUUCAGAAGAUCCAUUAGAUGAAUACUGUAGAGAAGUCCAGUGCAUUGAGAUUGAGGAAACCGCCACAGUCUUUAGUAAUAACAACCACACAGCCGAGAAAGAAGAAACAAAAAACAUUGUAGGCCAUAAUGAAGAUCAUGCUAAUGACGAAAGAAGUGUAGUCCAAAACGUGAACCACAGAGAGACCAUGCCAGAUUGUGUCAAGAGAGUCACAAGAUUGUGUUACCUGAGUUAG